AUGUUGUACAAGUCUCUUGCCAAGUUGAACGUCGGAAGCCAGGUCACCAAGAAUAACCAAACCAUCCAAAUGAAUGGUGCCACGGGAGUUGGUCAGUCUGCCAAUGAAACUGCUCUCUUGGACAUUUGCAUUCCCUAUCUGAAUGUUCUCAACCUCAUUGUGAUCACCAACCUCAGCAUUCACAUCUAA